AUGUUCCCGCACUACACUAAGACCGCUGCCGUUACUCAGUUCGAACCGAACUAUGCACGUUUGAUGGUACCUUGUUUUGACGAGCCGGAUUUCAAGGCAACAUGGACAGUAACUGUGAUUCACCCAAAAGGGACCACAGCUCUUGCCAACGGAAGAGAGAUAAGCAAUACAGAGGAUCCAGUCACUCCUUGGAUAGUGAGUAAAUUUGAAAGAACGCCAAAAAUGUCUACAUAUCUUCUGGCAAUCGCCGUUGGCGAAUUUGAGUUCAUUCAACAAUACACCAAUAGAGGAGUCAGACCUAGUCAUUUAGACAUGCUCGCUUUGCCCGACUUCGCCGCUGGUGCGAUGGAAAAUUGGGGAUUGAUCACCUAUAAGUUCAAUACGAUUUUACAACUUUCGAAUUGCAGAUUCCUCAAAACCCUCCUUUUCAGAGAGAACUCGAUCUUGUACGAUGUAAAUAUCUAUGAUCCCUCGAACAAAUACUCUGUUUCGUCGACUAUAGCCCAUGAGGUGGCCCAUCAGCUUUUCCAGUGGUUUGGUAAUUUGGUUUCAAUAAAAUGGUGGAACGAUUUAUGGUUGAAGGAAGGUUUCGCUACGUACAUGGAACACAUCUCCCUGGACGCGAUUACGCAUGGCUAUAUGAAUCUGAAAGACUUCUUCAUCAUUAACAAACUCGAGAAAGCACUUGAUGCUGAUGCAUUGGCUACAAGUCAUCCUUUGAUAGUCAAGCUGGAGAGAGAAGUUGAGGUGCAUGAAGCCUAUGAUGCUAUAACUUAUGACAAAGGAGCCUCUGUACUUGCGAUGAUCUCCGCCGUGAUGGAUGAAACUGAAUUCAACGAAGCGAUCAAGGUAACCAUACCGGUGUUACGAACACUCUUUCCUGCAUGUUUGUCAGAGAAUUUCGGGUCUAGUUGUAGCAUAAAAAGAUAUGAACCGUAA